CUUCACUUUUUUACCGCUCCAUUACAUAUCCAAAUUGUUUGUCUUCCUGGUUAAAAUCCUUUUUGGCCUUUAAAAUGUCCGCUCCGGAAAGCAGUUGUCGGCGAUGGAUACAGAAAAAUUGGGUCGAUGGUAAAUGUAGGAAAUGUUUCGAGUCCUCCUGCGGUCCCUGCAUUGACUACAGGGUAUCAACGCCCAAAGGAAGCGUAGUUGAGCCGCAGGCGGAUGUCGUUCAUGCCAUUAUCGAGCCGCAGGCGAAUGUACAGGCCACCAUCGAACCGGAAGGUCCUGUGCGGCAGGAGAUCAACAUCCGGGCAGAGUGCAGCAAGGGGCGUCCGCUCCUGGAGUCCGACAAGGAUAAGCUCAGGUGCUGCACCAUGUGCGUGGCCCAGGAGCAGAAUCUGCGACCCAAUCUCUGCUCGGCGGCGUGCAGGCCACUUCAAACUAAUUUACACCUAAAGGAGUGGACCAAGCGGCCCCGGCCCAAACCCACCUACCAACACUCGGUUAUCCUAGACAAUAACACCAUAGUGGGUCGAUGCUAUCCGAUCAAAUUCCAGCUGAAGCGCCUGAAGAACAAGUGCUUGGAUUGCGGGAACGAUCUCUACUUCCGGUAUCCCAUCACGAACAACAGCGACCUUCUGCUUAUAAAGAACUGCUGCGACGUGGAGGUCUAUCCCGCCAUGAAAGUGGAGAAUAUGAACAAUGUUAGGGUGACGAAGAUAUCCGGAGUCAAGAAGUUUGCCAACAGCCUGCUGAAGGAGCAUUCCGAGUGCCGAUUGUUCACCCUGGCCAGCCAACUUCCGGCAGAAAAACCAUUGAUGCCCUCGCCCUCAAGGAGGAGUACUCGAAAGAGCCGGAAGAGUACGAGGAAGAGCAGAAAGAGUAGAAAGAGUACUCGGGCCAGCAGGAAAAGUAGGAAGAGCAGUAAGAAAUAAGACAAAAUAUGCCUAUAAAUCCCCUGAACGGACAAAAAUAACGGACAGAAUACUAGAAAAAUUAACAAACUAAUUAUAUA